UGGACUCUCCGGGUGUGUCCGGGCUGGAACUCUAUGGUCGCCCGCCCUCCGCACUUCCUCUCUAGCCGCGAUCUUGCACUCUAUGCUCCUCGGUCCGGCGGCCAGCGGGAGGGGUGCGCAGAGGGAGGCGGGGCGGGAAGGCUAGAGGUGUCCGAUCUUCCAGAGCCACGGGAGACCCGAGCCGGCAGUGUGACAGCUCGUCGGCCGCCAUGUCAGCGAGCGGGGCUGGAAAUAGACUCGGCGCCCGGCGGUAGCCCUUGCGUUGCCUCGGAUGCCCAGGCAUGGAAGGACUUUGAUGAGCCGUUAAACAGUUCCACAAAAGAUGCGCUAAUGGAUGACAGCGACUCUCCUACAUACAGUCUGCAGAUAGAGCCACAAGAUGGAUGUCAUCCGGGGGACAGCGUGGAAAGGGGAGUGACACGCUUGCCUUCUGUCUCAGAUGAAAAUGAAAAUCAGCUUGCCGGAGACGGGCCCGCGUGUCUGACCACCACCGACGGCGCCAUGGGAAGAGCCACAGUGUCUGAACAGGACAGUCUCAACAAUAACGAGGGCUUUCCGUCCAGCUGUGAGGCAGCCCCCACGGAGAACCCAGAAAACACUCCAAGCGAAGGUCCCAAAGAUGACCCGCCUGCCGUGGGACAGGACAAAAAGCUACCUGCAAAGAGAAGUCCAAAAGCCAAGAAAGGCGCUCCUAAGAGCACACCUCCAGGUGAUGCGGUUCCUGUAAUGCAGCCGCUGAAUGCAGCAUCACAGGCUGCUGGCGAGGAGGAGGCUGCCGGAGUGAAUGCGAAUGACCCACCCAAGGCGCCAGCGCUGCAGCCACUCUUCUCGCUGAUCCGAGGCGAGGUGGGACAGAUGGACUCUCGGGCACUUCCCAUCUUCCUCCACCAGGUAGCUGAGACCUAUUUCCAGGAAGAGGACUAUGAGAAAGCAAUGAAAUUCAUUCAGCUUGAACGACUGUACCAUGAGCAAUUGCUUGCAAACCUUUCUGCCAUUCAGGAACAGUGGGAAACAAAAUGGAAAGCUGUCCAGUCACGUACAGUGAUGCCUCUGAGGAAUUCAGAAAAGGGAUUUGAUGGUGAAGAUUUUGAACAGCUUGCUAAAAUUUGUACAACUCAUCAAGACCCUCUCUUGUCCAAGCUUAAGAUAGCACCUGUGGAACAGUCACCAGGGAGGAAAAGCUUUCCGAGGGCAACAGUGUCUGAAGAGCCAGUGGAGAGAGGAGCAACAGCCAAAGCGCCAGAGAUUGAAACCUGUCCCAGCAUGGAUCCUAGUGGAGGCCGGCAUGAGGAGGCGCCCCAGGAGAGCAGCUGUCAUCAGAUGGACUGGCAGACAGCUUCCCCCGACCUUCCAGGAACUGCAGGGCCGGACCGCACGGAGGAACUGCCCUGCAGCACCAAUGCCUCACUGGAGCUCCACACCCAGUCCCCAGAGACAGCCGGCAGCAGGUCAGGGCCAGCUGCACACGCCUGUGAGGAGGACAGCUGCGAGCCGGCGCCUCCCACACAGGACCACCCGGACGUGGCUCCUCCUUGUGAGUCGGUGGCAGAGCCACAGCUCUCCCAGAGUGACGAAGUGGCACCGCCUGGGUUGAUUUCAGAGGGUAAAUAUUCACAGACACACCGAAAAGAACUCUGCCUUCCACUGCAGGACACGUUUGACCCGCUGCCCAGGGACCAGCCUCACAGUGAGGUUGCUGAGCCAGGGCAGCCUGAUGUCACAGCCAGUGAUGGGAAAUCGGCACAGCUCCGGGCUGGCUUGGAAACUGGUCCGGAGAGUGCACUUUGUGGUGACGGGAAAGCCUCUGACGUGAGCACGCUGUGUCCUGAAGUGUGUAUGGCCCCAGAAGACAGGGGGGAUAGCGAAGACCAAGUCAGUAAGGAAACAGAAGACUAUCUGAACAGCCUUCUGGAGGGUUGCUUAAAGGAUGCUGAAGAUUCCCUGUCCUAUGAGGACAUCCCGGACGACGACUCUGACCUCCUCCAAGACCUCUCUCCCGAAGAAGCUUCCUACAGUCUCCAGGAGAACCUGCCUUCUGAGGAGAGUGCGCUCUCCCUUGAUGAUCUGGCCAAGAAAAUAGAGAUCGCAGAGGCUGUCCCUGCAGAAGGGCUGGUGUCCAUACUGAAGAAGAGGAAUGACACAGUAGGCGGCCAUCCUGCCCAGAUGCAGCAGAAGCCCGCUAAGCGCAGAGUGCGAUUCCAGGAAAUAGACGACAGCCUGGACCAAGAUGAGGUUGGCGGUGGUUCCUGCAUCCUGCUCAUCCUGCUGUGCAUAGCCACUGUCUUCCUCAGUGUGGGAGGAACUGCGCUCUACUGCACCUUGGGUGACAUGGAGUCACCUGUUUGCACGGACUUUGCCGACAACGUGGACUUCUAUUACUCUAAGCUGCUGCAGGGCGUGGCAGGGCUGAAACACUGGGUCUACCUCUCCUAGCAGCGAGCGUGAGAGAUGAGCUGACAAAGAUGUAAACGUCCCCAACAGCAUUUAUUUCGGAAAUCAUGAAGCAUUCCCCCUCCCUGGCAUCGAGGACCCAAGGAUGGACAUUAGAAACAGUGACAUUAAACAGCAGCCCAGAGAACAACAGUCCCCAGCAGCAGGUGGUGCUGAUGGAGGCACUGAGGACAGAUGGAGGGAGCUGUGGCCAUCAGGCCCCUCUCCCUGCUGCUUCCUCGUGUCAUGCGGGGCUCACGCUGAGGGCUAAAAGACACUCCUGGUUUACAGUCGUGCUCCACAGGCAUCAUGAGAGAGUUAUCUUAGGGCUCCAGUGCCAUUCUUUAAUCUCGGGAGCUGUAUAAUUUAAGCCUUGGGCAUUACUCUGGAUUCUGGUCUCCAUUUGUGAAAUGGUUGUGUGGGUGUGUGGGUCAGAAACAGUCAUCGCAAGCGGAUAGCCAGCGUAGAAUACACAGAUUACCUUUAUUCUUUUAACUUGACGACAAUGUGCAGGCACAAAUCUUUGGAGAAGGCUUACCUGUGAACUAGAUAAACUGUAGAGAUGUUGGCCCUGAGUUGAGGAACCGACAGACCUGUGAUGAUGAAUUCGACAGACCUGAAGGCACAGUGGCAGAACUCCCAGGUCCCGGGUGAAAGUUCACCCUGGCUUCUGUGCUGCCUCGAGGGGUGAGUGCUAGGCUCCCCAGCUCAAUGUCCUGAACAUCUGUUAUGUUCUGAGAACCUCAGGAUAGGGACCCAAGUAAGGCAGAAUUCCUCCUGUGCAGGUGUUUAGGGAAAGUGAACCCAUACUUUGACGAAUGAAACAGACUAGCACAUGUAUGAAUGAGCUCAGGCCACCCACUUAGGUGUGUGCGACAUGUUUCUAUCGUGGGCUCAUUUUAGACCACGUCAUGGGUCGUACCUUGAAGAGACAAACGUCUACUUUUGUUAAUUCUGUCCUUAGGUGGCCAUUCCUUAUUUGCGGUACGGUGAUCUGACGUUUAGGAAGCCUUGCUUUGAUGUUUUAUAUUCUAGGCAACAUCUUUUUUUAAAAAUCAUGAAUUAUAGUUUUUUAGCAAGUGAUCAUUAUGUUCUGUUUUCCUGUUGGGAUCAUCUGGAAGGAAAAGAGAGAAAUCGCUUUGUAGAUGUUACUGGCUGGCACAGUACCUUCCUCUGCGUCUCUGCUUAUUUAUUCAGAGUGUGAACUUUGGGGCUUUUUAUUGAACUGAGCGUGCGCGGCUAAGCAUGCACCCCUUUGUCCCACCGCUGCCUAUUUAAUUAGAUACAUAGCAUUUUGAUUUUAUACCAUUUCAGCUCCAUGUAUUUUUAGGCUUAUUUUGAAAUUGACUUUUUAUUUUCACUUAAAAUACUGUGUGGCUUAUCUCUUAUGUCACCAUAAGCUGUAAUAUUUUCGAUGGUUAUAGAUCAAGAGUUAUUUAUUUAGAAGUAUACAGAAUACUGAAAUUUAGAUUCCUUAUACCUAAGGCUGAUUUUAUUAGAAGAUUAUUUUAAUGUCCUAUUAUAAAUUUUAAAACUUUGUAUUCAUAUCAUAUGUAAAAUAGGGCCCCAUCAUUCUGGUACUGUGGUUCUGUAGAAGCCACUAGCGAGGUCAUUGGCACAGGCUCCUCUCAAUACACAAACACAUUUCACCCUCAUGAUUUCUAAUUGCAAGGAUUUGGUGAUCUUUGUUUCUGCCAAUUUUAUGUCAAGAAAAGUUCAAAUCUCCCUCCUGUUUACCUCUUUCCGGUCACUCAGAGUCUCGUGUGAUCUCCGACGUUGUGUUUGCCUCUCAGCCACCUUGGCCACAUUUCCAAAACCCUGGGUUUCCUAGGAGAAUCCAGUAAAGGAAAGGGCUGAAAUGAUAUCUUGCUAACCAGUGAGCCAGUUGUGUAUCUGAGGAGCCGGUGCUCACCACUCUCAAAACCAGAGUGAUCUGGAGCAGACUGACCUCGUGAUCUAAAGUGGGAGUGAACUCUCACCUAGAAAAACUCGGGUACCUUUGAAAACUGUAAUGAUCAUGUAUUGCAUGAAUUGGAGUAUCCCCUGCAGGUGAGAGGAUGCUACCCCACGCACAAGCAUCCAACAACUGCUGAAAUGUCACUCCUCCUCUCAUUUGAAAGUACUGACAACUAUAACUAGAGUUCUGAAGAACUGUGUUCGAGGGUGUCAAAUCAAGCUUGUAAUUUAAAAUCUA